AUGGAAAUAGGAACAAAUACAAAGAUUUGCUUUUUCCUGCUCUUGUCGUUUAUUGAAAAUGGAUUUUGUGCAAAAGUAGAAUACAAAUGGAUGUACCACAAACCGUAUGGAACUACAGUACACCUCGAGCCACUUUUCAAUAAAACGCAGUGCUUUCCUCAAUCGCAAUGCUAUUGGUUAUUACCUGAUAAACACACUCAAAUUUAUUAUCCAGUAAAUGCAAGUACGUCAUCGAGAUAUACAAUAUCGUCGAAUGGAGUUUUAACUAUUGUGGAUAUUCAAGCAAGCGAUAAUGGAAUCUAUCAUUUUUUCCAACUGGAAAAUAACAAAUGGAUUGUUUCAAAAGCACUGUUGAAUUUACACGGAGCACCGUUUGCUACCCUUUGGUUGGAAUAUUGGCCUAAUGUCGUCGGUGGUCUUGUAGCUAUGUCGGCUGUACUUAUUACGUUCGCUUUGAUUCUCUUGGCAAAUAAGUAUCGGUAUCGUCCACAUUCAUCUUCAUCAACGCAGCGUUUAUCGAAACGACCUGGUACAGUCGAACCUAUCAUUAUCGAACAAACCAAUCCAGUAUUUGCUAACGAUGACACGGAUACGAUUACAAGUCAACAUCGUCGAACUAGUCGCCGCUCGUCAUCGACUAGCAAUGGGACUAAUCUUCGCAUCGAACGCCUCUAA